GGGGGCGGGGCCUGGGGCGGGGGCGGGGCCGCGCUCACUUCCGCCCGGCGCGCUGGCUCUGAUGGAAGCGGCGCGGAGGCCGCGGCUGGGGCUGAGCCGCCGGAGGCCGCCCCCAGCGGGCGGGCCUUCUGGCGGCCGCCCCUGGUUUCUCCUGGGGGGUGAUGAGCGGGAGCGGCUCUGGGCCGAGCUGCUGCGCACGGUGAGCCCAGAGCUCACCCUGGACCACGAGGUGCCUCCACUGCCCGCCUUCCCUGGACAGGAGCCCAGGUGUGGCCCGGAGCCCACUGAAGUCUUCACUGUCGGACCCAAGACCUUUUCCUGGACGCCCUUUCCGCCAGACCUGUGGAGCCCGGGCCGCUCCUACCGGCUGCUUCGCGGGGCAGGAGGGCAUCUGGAGUCCCCCGCCAGGUCCCUGCCCCAGCGCCCGGCACCUGAUCCCUGCGGGGCCCCCAGGGUGGAGCAGCAGCCGUCCGUGGAGGGUACCGCCCUGCACCGCUGCCCCAUGUGCCAGAAAGAGUUCGGCCCCAGGCUGACACAGCUGGAUGUUGACAGCCACCUGGCCCAGUGCUUGGCGGAAAGCACAGAAGACCUGAUGUGGGCAGAUUCACUGCAGUGAAAUCAGAACCGGACACAGCCCCGGGCGGAUAGAAUGCGAAAAAGAUGGAGCCAUAAAUGCAGAUCACUAAGGGAAAGAAAACACGACUCUGUGAUUCCAACCCUAGAAUGUCCUGGAAAAGGCAACACCGUGAGGACCUAAAACAUCAGGGGGUGCAGGCGCUAGGAAGGCACAGGCGGAGCCCAGGUCAUCUCCGGGGCGAGGACUUCCCUGCAUGGCCCCACAGUGGUGAAUCCAGUCACGCGCCUGUCCACCCCCACGGGACUGACAGCCUCUGGCGAGCUCGGCGGGAACUCUGGGCGUGGGGUGAUGACGAGGGCAGGCCCAGCAGCUGUCAGCAGCGUGCCCUGUGGUGGGCAGGGCAUGGGGACUCUGUGCUGCACCUUCUGCUCAUUUUGCUGGGAGCCCAAAACGGCCCUGAUAUAGGCCUACUUAAGAAAAUGGCUUCAUGCCGGGCUCGGUGGCUCACGCCUGUAAUCCUAGAACUUUGGAAGGCCGAGGCAGGCGGGAUCACCUGAGGUCAGGAGCUCGAGAC